AUGGACUCGGCGGAAUCCCCCACCAAAACGCAGGACGGCGAGGACGAGAACUACAGUCUGCUGUGCCAGGCGCACGAGCAGUUCAACAACUCGGAGUUCGAUCGCUGCCUGGAACUGCUCCAAGAGUUGGAGACACGCGGCGAAAGCAGUGGUCCUGUCCUGCGGCACAACCGGGCGGUAGUCAGCUACUACAAAACCGGGUGCACCCAACACUCCGUCUUGCUGAAAGAACUGGAGGCCCUAACCGCCGAUGCAGAUGCGCCCGGAGAGGUGUCCAGCGGGCUGAGCCUUAAGCAGGGAGCGGCCGCCGCCACUGUUGCUCGUUACAAUCGGGCGGUCAUCUAUUAUCACCGACAUAUGUUCGGCACGGCACUGGAGAGACUAGCACCACUAGUGGCUCGUCUGGAGGCCCUGGAGAAGGCGAUGGCAGCGCUGGUGGCCACACUACAGCUACAGCUGCUGUUGGCCACCAAUCAACUAAACCGAGCCGAGGCCUUUCUGGAUUACUUGCAGUACAAGCUUAACCUGGUGGCCACAGCGCCUAGCAGCAAUGCGGCCGAAGAGGCAGCUGUUGUUGGCACAGCACCUCCGACGGCGGCCACCAAUAGUUCAGUGGUGGCCACACCAGGAGGAGCAGCUGUGGAGGGAGCUGUGCCCGGUCUGGGCGGUAGUCUGCAGCUCUUGCAGCUAAUUACGCUCGUGCUCAACCGAAAACCGGUGGUUAUUCAGGAAGACGGCACGCCGGAGUACGCUGCUCUGAAAGCUCAGCAGUACUACAUCAUGAAGGAUUUUCAGAUGGCCGCCAAGCAGCUGAUGCGAAUCAAUAACGAGUGUACACAAGCGGGCACUGUAACGCCCCAGCUGAGCACGUGCAUUGCCAACAAUAUGGGAGUGAUACACUUAAGAGUGCGCCACUAUGCCAUCGCCGCCAAGUUCUUCCAAAAUGCGCUCAACUUUGACCAGCAGCUGGCGCGAAAUUUGCGCCAGAGUACGCUGCAAACCAUGAGUUCGGCAAGGUCCUGCGAGAUCCUUUACAACCUCGGCGUGGCUAUGUUGCAUCUACGCCGCCCCAAGGAGGCGUUUCAGUGCUUUCUGGUUCCCGUUAAGCAAUUCCACAGCAAUCCACGUCUUUGGCUGCGCAUGGCUGAGGCCUGCAUCAUGGAGCACGAGGCGAAACUAGUGGAGGAGGAGCGCCAGUCGCAGUCAGAAACGCCAUCUACAAAGCCAUACGCUCCUCAAUCGGCGGGAGUGCCAGAGCCCACGCUGGAAUUCGCUGCCUUGUGUCUACGUAGCGCGCUGACGCUAACGCAACACUACAAGACGAGGUUCCACAUGGUGGCGGUCUCCUCGGAGGAUGUGGAAGCACCCGAACCCAAGGACCCAACUCAGGAGAGUUGGCGUCAUCCCCAGGACAAUAACUUCUGCAAUCCCUCGAAGCCGGUCAGCCUAGAGUCAUUGGAAAACAUGAUGGCUGCCAUAUAUGCAGCUCACAGCUUCGUCUCGCUGCGCCUAGGCGAUCAUGUGACCGCUCUCGAGAUGUCGGAAAAACUGCUGGCCUGUGAACGCCUGUCCGAUGCGCACAAAUUGCUGGGCCACAUGUACGCUGGCGAGGCGUUGAUGCUUAUGGACAAGGCAGCCGAGGCACGCGACCAUUUGGACCCUACUUUUGUGGGCACACUGAACGCCUUCGAUUUUGAGACGCGUGACUGGCAACUGAAGUCGGUGGACGCCGCUCAGAACGUUGUGCGGUAUAAUCUGGCUGUUGCGAUGGCUCUACAGAACGACCUGGCUCAAGCUAAAGCACUCCUGGCCAAUUUAACCCAUUCGCUGGUGGCCAACAAGGCGCUUGCUUUGCGACGCUUCAUGGACCUCAAGCUGGGUCCCGUUCCUGGCGGGACGCCGAGUUAGACAACAAAUUGUGUAUAUAACUAGACGGAAUUAAAGUGCGAGAAUGAAAUGAA